AUGCCCCGAGCCUCAACGCGGUCAACCCGCUCCUCCGCCGGCGCCGCCUCAACCCGAUCAGCCGGCGGCGGCGGCGGCACCCGUGCCUCAACAACAACCUCCCGCGCGUCUUCCGCAGCAGCAGCCGCCCAUCACAACGCCGACAUCCCCGACGAGACGCCCGACAACGCGCUGCGCACCCAAGUAGCCGCGGUAUUUCGCGAUGCCCAGCGCACGACAGCGACACACCGUAAACUGGCGGUAACGCUGCGCAAGAUCCAGGAGGCGUGCUGUUAUGAGCCUACGAGCGUGCGGAAGCCGUCCGGGGGGGCUGGUACGGGUGGGGGUAGUGCGUCGAUUGCGGAUUUUGAUGAGGAUGAUUUCAAUGCGGAGUUUACGCGGUGUGCGUUGAGGGUGAUGCCUAUCAAGAAGAGUGAAGGGGUAGGGGAGAAGACGGUGCGGUUUAUUGGGCUUUUCCUGCGGCACGCGGUGGACAAGGAUAAUGAAGUCGCGGGCGAGGUGGAUGAGGAUGCAAGCACGAUGCCGGAGACACCUGGAACGCGGCUGACGACGCAGCUGAUGGAGACGGCGCUGCCGUUGUUGGCGGGCAAGGACAAGUUUGUGCGGUACCGCGCGACGCAGCUGAUUUCGCAUAUUAUUAACUCGCUGGAUGCGAUUGAUGACGAUUUGUUUCAGAAGCUGCGCGCGGGGCUCUUGAAGAGGAUUCGGGAUAAGGAGGCUAUGGUGCGGGCGCAGGCGGUGUUGGGGUUGGGCAGGUUGGCGGGGAAUCAGAUGGAGGCGGAGGAGGGGGAAGAUUCGGAUGAGAGUGAUAGCGAUGGGCGUGAUGCUGGCUCGGCUGGGUUGUUGGAGCGGUUGUUGGAGGUGCUGCAGAAUGACCCCAGUGCUGACGUGCGCCGGUCGUUGUUGGUGAACCUGCCCAUCCUGCCGAGCACGCUGCCGUUCCUGCUUGAGCGGGCGCGCGACCAGGACGCGGCCACGCGCCGGGCGGUGUACUCGCGGCUGCUGCCGGCGCUGGGCGACUUCCGGCAUCUGUCGCUGUCGAUGCGCGAGAAGCUGCUGCGCUGGGGCCUGCGGGAUCGCGACGAGAACGUGCGCAAGGCCGCGGGCCGGCUUUUCCGCGAGCGCUGGAUCGAGGACUGCGCGGGGACGGCCCCUCCCGCGGAAACGGGCCAGCCGGCUGAGGUGUCGCCGCCGAACCUGGACGCGCUGCUGGAGCUGCUGGAGCGUAUUGAUGUGGUCAAUGCUGGCGGGGAGCACGGUGUCGGGCUUGAGGCGAUGCGCGGGUUCUGGGAGGGCCGGCCGGACUACCGCGAGGCCAUGUUCUUUGACGAUGCCUUCUUCGAAACGCUAAGCGCCGAGUCGGUGUUUGUGGUGCGCACGUUCAACGACUUUUGCCGGCACGAGGGUGGGGGCAAGUUUGAGUCCCUGGUCGAGGAGAAGCUGCCCGAGGUGACCAAGGUGGCGUUUUACUUGGAGCGGUACAUCAAAGUGCUCAUCGACGCGAUCCAGCGGGCCGAGGAGAAGCAGCAGCAGCGGGGUGAGAGCGAAGAGAGCGACGAGGAAAACGAGGAGGACGACGACGAAGGGGACACGGCUGAGCAAGAGUUCAUUGUGGAGCAGCUGCUGCACAUCGUGCUGACGCUGGACUACUCGGACGAGGUCGGCCGGCGCAAGAUGUUCUCGCUGUUGCGCCAGACCCUCUCGAUCCCGCAACUGCCCGAGGAGGUCACCAAGCUGACGGUGUCGGCCCUGCGCGACAUCUGCGCGCCUGAUGCGGCCGGCGAGAAGGAGUUUUGCAGCAUUGUCCUGGAAGCCGUGGCGGACGUACACGACACGAUCGUCGACGAGGCCGAGGGCGAUGACGACGGACUUCCGGAGAACGACGACGAGAGCUUCCACUCGGCACGGUCCGAAGUCAGUGGCGACACGACGCCGACGCGGGCCAACGGUGGUGGUGCUGGAGGAGCUGGUGGCAAAGGGGGAAAGAAAGUAACCCCCGAGUCCGAGGAAGAGGCCGCGCGCAAAGCCAUCCGGGAGAUCAUGAUCAACAUGAAGUGUCUGCACAUUGUGCAGUGCAUGCUGUCCAACGUCGCCGGCGACCUGCAGCAGAACGACCACCUGGUGGCCAUGCUCAACAACCUAGUCGUCCCCGCGGUGCGCAGCCACGAGGCCCCUGUCCGCGAGCGCGGCCUGGUCUGCCUCGGCCUAUGCUCGCUACUCGACCGCUCGCUCGCCGAAGAGAACCUCACCCUAUUCAUGCACUUCUUCGCCAAGGGCCACACCGAGCUGCAGAUCACCGCCCUGCACAUCCUAACCGACAUCCUCAACGUGCACGGCGCCCAGCUCCUAUCAUCGAACCCAGCCCUGCUCAAGGUCUACGUCAAAGCCCUGCGGUCGGGCGCCAAACACCCCGAAGUCCAGGCCGCCGCCACCGUGGCCGCCUCCAAGCUGCUCCUCGGCCGCGUCGUCAGCGACGCCGACGUCUCGGCCGAGCUGCUCAAGACGCUGGUGAUUGCCUACUUUGAGCCCGCCUCGGCCGGCAACCAGAGCGUGCGCCAGGCGCUCAACUACUUUUUGCCCGUGUUCAGCUACGCCCGCGCCGAGAACCAGGACCUGAUGCGCCGCGUGGCCCUCGACGCCCUGCACACGCUGUACAAUGUGCGCGAAGGGUUUGACGACGACGAUGCUGACAUUGAAGAUGAGAUGGUUUCGCUUAGCACCAUUGCCGCGUGUCUGGUCGACUGGACCGAUCCGCGCAAGUGUUACUCGCCGGGCGGUGUUGGCGGCUUUGGCCUGGCUGGCAUUGGCGGCGGGGCUGGUGCUGGUGGUGCUGGUGGGCUGGCCGAGGCCGAGAAGAAGAAUGUCCCGGCGGAUGUGCAUUUGGAUUUUGCGGAGGAUAUUCUGGAGCGGUUGAGCGGGAAUGCGCCGAAAGAAGAAAAAAAAAUCAUCGCCGCCCUCCUCGGCAAACUCUACGUCUCCCCGGCCUCCUCCGAAGACCGCACCCGCGACGUCUACACCAUCGUCUCCGACGCCGUCGACGCCCAGCUCCUCCCCGACACCGCCAGCCGCAACGCCCUCUACAAAAUCCACGUCAGUCUCGGCAAGAUUGUCAACAACCUCGAUGCUGUCGCCGCUGCGGCCUUGUCGGCGGCUACGGCUGAGAAGGAGGCGGCGAUGGGGGGAAAGUAUAGACGCAGUGUUAGUCGGGCUAGUUCUGAGGAGGAGGUGGAGGUGGAGGACCGUAAGGAUGUAAAGAUAAAAGAGGAGGACAUGGAUGAGGACAUGGAUGAUGAUGUUUCGGAUGCGGGGACGGUAGUAAGGAAUCGGAUGGGGACGGAGAUGAGUAGUGCUGGGGGGGAUUUAGAUGAGGAGGAGGAGGAGGAGUUGUGA